UUCAAAAAGUUGCUGAUGUGAUCCGAAGCUCCACUGCCGUUGUCGUCGUGGCGUUCGCGUCUUCUGGAGAUAUGAAGUUCCUCUUGGAGGAGCUGGCUCGGGACCCGCCUCCACCUCGUCAGUGGAUCGGAAGUGAGGGCUGGGUCGGUGACCCGUACUUGCUCAGCUUCAGCUUCUGUGCGGGCACCAUCGGGGUUGCCAUUCAGCAAUCCGUCACCCCCGGGCUGAGAGACUUCCUCCUGGAUCUCUCUCCCUCAGACGUGGCCUCUUCCUCCGUGCUGACUGAGUUCUGGGAGGAGGCGUUCAACUGCAGUCUGACAAAAAAUUCUGAUCUGAGCAAAAAAAUGUGUGACGGAACUGAAGAUAUUAAAGCCCUCCGAAGCCCGUACACUGAAACGUCUCAGUUAAGAAUUAAUAACAUGGUGUACAAGGCUGCUUAUGCAAUAGCUCAUGCCAUUCACAGUGCAGUGUGUGAGGAAACAAACGGCUACACUCAGUGUGACAAACGCAUCAUUUUAAAGCCCAACGAGGUUUACACUGAACUAAAGAAAGUCAACUUUUCCCAAAAUGGUUAUCAUGUGUCAUUUGAUGUUAAUGGAGAUCCAAUGGCUUUUUAUGAGCUGGUGAACUGGCAGAAGAGUGAGAGUGGAGUGCUUGAACCGGUGACAGUGGGGUUUUAUGACGCAUCGCUGCCGGUGGGUCAGCAGUUCCGUAUCAAUGGAAACUUAACCUGGGUGGAGGGCGACACACAAGUUCCAGUCUCCGUUUGCUCAGAGAGUUGUCCUCCAGGAACUCGUAAAGUGUUGCAGAAAGGAAAACCAAUCUGCUGCUAUGACUGUAUACCAUGUCCUGAAGGAGAAAUCAGUAAUAUGACAGAUGCUCCCGAUUGCUUCCUGUGUCCCAGAGAGUUCUGGCCUAAUGCAGAGAAGAACUAUUGUUUUCCCAAACCUGUGGAGUUUCUUUCGUUUGAUGAAGUCCUGUCAAUCAUCCUGGCUGUAUUAUCUGUUGGUGGAGCCUUUCUGGCCAUUAUUACAGGAAUGCUUUUCUUCCAUCACAGAACAACACCGAUUGUCAGAGCCAACAACUCUGAGCUGAGCUUCCUGCUGCUCUUCUCUCUGACUCUGUGUUUCUUAUGUUCACUAACUUUCAUUGGAGCCCCCUCUGAGUGGUCCUGCAUGCUGCGGCACACAGCGUUUGGCAUCACAUUUGUUCUCUGUAUCUCCUGUGUUCUUGGGAAAACUAUAGUGGUUCUAAUGGCCUUUAAAGCUACACUUCCUGGUAGUAAUGCUAUGAAAUGGUUUGGUCCUCCACAACAAAGGAUGACUGUAGUGUCAAUCACCUUAGUUCAAGUUAUAAUAUGUAUCAUAUGGUUGGUUGUGAGUCCUCCCUUCCCAGUGAAAAAUCUGAGCACCUACAAGGAGAAGAUCAUCCUGGAAUGUGCGUUAGGCUCUGCUGUUGGUUUCUGGGCUGUGCUCGGCUACAUCGGCCUGCUGGCUGUGUUUUGCUUUGUGUUAGCUGUUCUAGCUCGGAAACUACCUGAUAAUUUCAACGAAGCCAAGAUGAUAACCUUCAGCAUGUUGAUAUUCUGUGCCGUCUGGAUCACCUUCAUCCCAGCUUAUGUCAGCUCUCCUGGAAAAUUUACUGUGGCUGUGGAGAUAUUUGCCAUUCUGGCCUCCAGUUUUGGACUGAUACUGUGUAUAUUUGCUCCAAAGUGUUUCAUUAUUUUGUUUCAACCAGAGAAAAACACUAAGAAAUAUUUAAUGAACAAAAAGUAGGAGUAUGUCAUGAGGCGACUGAAAUCAAAAUGUACAUUAAGCAAUGUUAUUGUAGCUGUUAAACAUUUGAUCCACCUCCAUUUCAUUUCACAAAGCUUUAAAGUAUCAUAAAUAUCAGCUGCAUGAGAGAUUUUGUUGUUUGUGUUGUCUUGUUUCAAAAAUAAAUCAUACAAUAAACUGUACAAAAA